AUGAUGGCAACUUCUUCCAUCUUCUUCUCUCCUUUCCUUUUUCUGUGUGUGCUGGUUCUUUCUGACAUCAGUCUUGCAGUCUCCCUGGACCCUGGCACAAAGCUCAAAAGGGUCCCAGAGAAUAAUAACCAUCUUCAAAACCAAGAGAUGUGGCUGCAGCAGCCCAGAAGUGGACACCACCACAAGCAUGGCUUGGCCAAGAAGGAGAGGGUCCAUGCCAUGCCUUCUAGAGGGCAGCCUGCUGGGGAAGAGGCCCUCAGAAUGGGCAGUGGAGCUCCAGCUGUGGAAGAGUUGGCAGCAGAGGGACAGCCAGCAGCCCUGAAACAGAAUAAGGAUGUGUUCCUGGGGUUUGAGCUCCCACAUCCUGAGAGGGAGAACCAGUCCCCUGGGUCUGAGAGAGGGAAGAAGCAGAACCGAGAGCAUCGGCGACACAACCGCAGGGACAGGCUGAAACACCACAGAGGGAAGAAUCCUGAUGCUGGGCCAAGCUCCCUGUACAAGAAACCUGAAAGCUUUGAAGAACAGUUUCAAAACCUCCAGGCAGAGGAAGCUACAAGUCUGACUCCCACCAUGCUUCUCAUCACUGCACUGGAACUGGCUGUUUCCACAGAAGAGCCUCCUGUUCUUCCAGCCACAUCACCACGGUCACAGGCCCGGCUCAGGCAAGAUGGGGAUGUGAUGCCCACCCUAGAUAUGGCACUCUUUGACUGGACAGAUUAUGAGGAUCUCAAACCAGAAAUGUGGCCAUCUGCUAAAAAGAAAGAAAAACGCCGCAGUAAGAGCCCAAAUAGUGGAAAUGAAACUGUGACAGCUGAAGGAGAGCCAUGUGAUCAUCACCUUGACUGCCUCCCAGGCUCUUGCUGUGACUUGCGUGAACACCUCUGCAAACCACACAAUCGAGGCCUUAACAACAAAUGUUAUGAUGACUGUAUGUGCACUGAAGGGCUACGCUGUUAUGCCAAAUUCCACCGGAACCGAAGAGUGACCCGGAGGAAAGGGCGCUGCGUGGAGCCUGAAUCAGCCAACGGAGAACAGGGAUCAUUCAUUAAUGUUUAG